AUGGGUGGCAUCAACCUCGAGCACAUCGACAGAGUUGGGAAUACCAACGAGAUAGAACGAAAGGAAACUGUCGACGACUCUGGUGUUCUUGUAAAAGAUGCUGGAGCCAUCGCCAUUGCGAAAGGUCAGGGCAUCUCGGGAUACGAGACUCUACCAGUUUGGGAGACCGUGAAAACCUUCAAGUUCAACACAUUCAUUUGCGGCUUGGUGACCUUCAGCGCUGCCACUGAUGGCUACCAAAUUGGCAUGAACGGCAAUGUGAUAGCCAAUCAGGGGUUCGUCAAGCAAUUCGCGACCGAGAGAAAUGCUUCGGGCGAGCCCAAUCUCGCGUCACCCAUUCUAAGCGGAUGGAGCUCGAUCAUGUCAGUGGGACAGAUCAUCGGUAUGACGACUCUACCCUUCUUAUCGGAUCGAUUUGGUCGCAAAGUGGCCAUGUACUGCUACUGGUCUAUCCUCGCUAUUAGCAUACUUCUGGAAACACUCGGUCGGAGCUGGCAAACCUGGCUUAUUGCGAAGCUUCUUGCCGGAAUCGGUGUCGGGUGUCUGCAGACAACAAUCCCAACUUAUAUCACUGAAGUCGCCCCGGUGAAGAUUCGGGGCGCGUUGCUUAUGACCUACAGCUUCUGGUUCUCCCUCGGUAACUUUUUCGCGCCGGUUGCACUGCAAGUAUUAAGUAAAAAGGACCCUCAUGAGUACUUAAUCCCGAUCUAUACACAGUGGGCGCAUGUCGGACUCAUGAUUAUCAUAUACUUUUUCGUCCCUGAGUCGCCGGCAUGGUGCGUGACUCGGGGCAGGGAAGAACAGGCCAAGCGCAUCCUCCGGUUCUUGAACUGUGACGUUAAAGAUUACGACGUCGAAAAGCAAUUCCAGAUCCUCAGCCUCACGGUUGAACACGAGCGGUUUGUCGCUGCAGAACAGAGACAGGAGAAAUGGUAUUCGAUUUUCAAGGGCACGAAUGGCUUUCGAACUAUCAUCGCACUUUGGCCGCUCCUGUCGCAGCAAUUCCUAGGGCUGACGUUGUUCUCCACAUUCUCGUCUUAUUUCUUCCAGCAGGCUGGUGUCGAAGAUCCUUUCAUGGUUACCUGCAUCACUACUGCAAUUGGGCUGGCAACCGGGGUUGUACUUAUCGGCAUUGUCGACAAGUUUGGACGACGUCUCGCUUGCUGCUGUGGAGUGACACUUUCGUGGCUGUCUUGCGCUGUUGUUGGUAUUCUGGGAGUGAUUCCUCAGAACGGCGCGACAAACAUUGUGCUCAUCGUCUUUGCCUGCCUGUGGAACGUGGGUUUUGUUGCGAUUGGAUCAACCGGCUGGGGUUUCAUCGGCGAAAUAUCGUCACAGAGACUUCGCCCAUAUACUGCUGGUUUUGGAGCUGCAACGACGUGCGUUGUUGGGAUUAUCAUGAACGUCUUGACGCCAUACAUGGUCAAUACGAACCAGUGGAACUGGAACCUGAAAACUGGUUGGUUCUAUGCGGGGGUUGGGCUGCCGGUCACUGUUGCCGCUUGGUUCUUAAUUCCCGAGACCGCUCGACGAUCUGCCGCUGAGCUCGACGAGCUGUUUGAAUUGAAAGUAAAGCCGUGGCGUUUCCUCAAAACUGAGACCGCUACUAAUCAUGUUGUAAACGUUGUUGGGCAUGACGGCAGAGCAUGA